AUGGCCGUGUGUCGUUUGACAGUUGACGACGUGCACAUCAUCUUGUCGUAGUCGUGCGUCACGUGUGGGAUACGCGAGUGCGGGAACGUCGCAAGAAAAAAAAAAGAAGAAAGGAACUGUGCGAAAGAGGAGUACGCCUUGGAAGGUCUGUGACGAGCGGUUCUUCUCCCGACGACGUACAGUGCGCUACGUAGCGAUACUUAGAGCGCGAGUGAUCCGGAUCCUCCGCAGGGCCGAGCGAGGCCGUAUCAUCGGAAAAAUUGCGUACAUCUCGCGGGAAGACAUGCCGGACAGCGGAGCCGUUUACCAACCGACCACGGUCGGUUACACGUACGACAGCGGCGGCGACGGCACCGGAGGCGGCGGCGGUGGGUUGAGGCACGGUUUCUGGAGGAUCAUGUCCAGACACAAACUCAGCUCUCGAAAAUGGCUCGAAUGGGUGUUAUUGUCGGUCGGAUUAUGCUUCUUUGUCGGUGGCCUUGCGACGAUUCUUGUCAGCUUCGUCUGCACGCCAUCGCGAACGAACAUGCCGGAGAUCAAUACAGAUGAAUAUACUACGGUGGCUCCAGAUAUAACACAGCAUGCAGAUGAUGCGGAAAACAAUUCUGUGGCAUUAGGCGCCGGCAUGAUGAUAGUUGGUGUAUUGCUCGGCUUAGCCUGGGCGUGGUUGUACUUCUUCCACCGUAACAAAUCACCGAGGAACGGCAUGACCGGCAGCAGUGGCCAGAUGUUGGGCGGUUUGAAUCCAUCGACUGACUUGCUGGUGGGUUCCACUUCGCAGUACGGGCCAGUACUCACGGAGGUACCGAGUCAGCUGAAGAUGAAGCAAGCGGGCUCGCACGACACGCCGGCUCUGCCGCUUUCCGAUCAAGAGGAGGAAACGCACACGCUAAUGCAGGAUUCCGCGAGCCCGCCGGCCGUUUCCGUCGGAUCCGGCGUCAUCGCCAAUCAGAUCCCAGGUUGAGUACGGCAAAUCGCUCGGUCCGCGCACACACGCACGCUCGUUCGUAACGGACGAGAGAUCGCUUUGACUUUUAUCAAUCUUCUCGUAUACGCGCGUUCCCUGCGAGAAGAGCGACUUUCGGCGAUCUCGCGGAUCUUGUCUCGUUUUACUUUUAGGGACUCGGGACGUCGUCUCUUUUGACUUGUUUGUUUUUCGGAGUCAAUCGGUUCCCGUCGGCCGCCGUGACGACGAUUUUGUGAUUAAUCAACUUUAUGCCAUUCAACGGAACUGCUUUUUGUUAUUCUCCCCCGUGUCUCUUCGGGUUCGUCUGACUUUUCUGACGUAGAUAUUUUUACUUUAAUAUGCACAAACGCGACUUAAGAGAUCUCAUUUACAUAUAUAUGUAAUAUUAUUUAGGCGCGUCAGUACUUAUCCCUUCAUUUUUUGCCUAUGCAUUCCUUCGCUCCGUCCAUUGUCAUCGUUAAUACGUUAAGCGAGCAUUGGAUCCAGAUAGAAACACACACUUUACAGAUUGUAUUCUUGAAACGUUACGACCGUGCCAGCCUGCGUGUGAUGAGUUUUAUAAUAAUCUUUUAUAUCGACACUGAACUCGAUUAUCGCGAGGCAUUCUUUGACUUACAUUUAUAUCAUUGAAGAAUCACAGUUGCUGCUACAUACACUUCAGACGAAUCUACGAGCGUUUUUGAGCGCACAUUUAGAUCGUCUUGUCCUAAUUUUCGACGUGCUCUCAUCAUAUUUAUAUAUUCUUGCGUAUCUACGUUUAAGUAUCAGAUCUAAAUUAUUAGCAAUGGUGACAGUCAUCGUUGACUAUACAUGUAUAUUGUAAAUUAACAACCGCACAUCGGAGCAUGUACAUCAAUUCAGUCAAUAAUUGUCACUGUAUUAGUACAUGAACGAUUAUGUAUAUAUUAGAAUAAUGUGUGUAUAUGGCAUGUAAGACGAAAUAACUGCAAAUUGAAAGAUGAGUUUUAAAAUGUUUCUCGGUCAUACCACUGCAGUGCACAAUUUUUAUUAUGUUCCGAUUUCUUUUUUAAAUGUCCACUUAAUCACUGAGACCACUAUAUAAUAAUACUAAUAAUCGUCAUUUUAUAUUAUUGCACAUGAUUUUCGUACAAACCGAUCUUCUACAAUGAAUACAUUCUCGCUUUAAUGGGACACUUAUCGAGCUGAAGUAUUUUCUAUGAUUUUACAUAAUUAAUUUAGCCCUUUGGACCCGCAUGUAAACAUAAUGUAAAUGUAGAAUCUAUCCUAGUAGGAUUUAACGGUAUAUUAAAUACGUUGCUUUCAGGGCAGAAUACAUGAUAUUUGUAUAAAACACCAAUUGGAGCUAAUUUUUAUACAUUUAUUAUCUUUACUAAAGCUAUGUGUUCAGUUUUACGAUAUGUGAUAACGAUUUUUGAGGAAUCAUCGAAGGACGGCCUGAAAAUUCGUCUGAAUUCAAUGCUGAUGUAGAUUCAACCACAUGUAUAACAUCACCAAUUUUCACCAUUUGCGUGAGAUCCCUAUUUUACGUUCGUUAUUGAACUGUAUACUAAUUUAUGUAAAUGUUCUGGGAUAUAUAAAACAAAUAAAAAUACAAUACAACCUGCGA